CCUUCGACCUUCCGCCCCCCAUGCCAAGCCAAGGAUCGCAUCACCACAUGGAAGCCCUCCAACCCGUCCCCCCGCCUCACCGAUUCCCUCGACAACGAUCUCGACACCUCUGAGGAGGCGCUCGAGCGCAUCCUCACCGUUUACGCCGGCUCCUGGCGGGAGUCAACCAAAAGCGUCUACGGCUCGGGGCUACUCAUCUUCCAUCUGUUCUGUGACCAGAAACGCAUCUCGGAAGGGCAACGCUGCCCCGCCUCAGCAACUCUCCUGUCCGAGUUCAUCACCGCAUGCGCGGGAUCGUACUCGGGCUCCAGCCUCAACAACUACGUGGCUGGCGUCGCGGCGUGGCACCGCCUGAAUGGCUUCCCCUGGCUUCUCCCUGCCGACCAGCAGUCAGCGGUCCUCGAGGGAGCCCGCCGUUUCGCCCCCAAGAAGUCGACACGACCAAAACGCGCCCCGUUCACGGUCAACGAUAUCCAACGCAUCCGCAGCGCGCUCAACCUCUCACUCUCCCUCGACGCCGCAGUGUACGCGUGCUUAACGGUGGCGUUCUACUGCGUUGCCCGCCUCGGCGAGUUCACCGUCCCCUCCUCAGACGCGUUCAAGAACAGCCCAGACGACUUCAUCACGCGCGCCGGCUUUGCCGAGAUCACAGACCGGAACGGCCUCAAAGCCACGCGUUUCAGUCUCCCGCGCACCAAGACUUCUGCCACCGUGGGCGAAGACGUGCAGUGCGCGGCCCAGUCCGACGUCACCGACCCCAUCGCCGCCCUCCACAAUCACCUCCAGGUCAGCCCGGCCCCCCCAGGCGCCCACCUUUUCGCCUGGCACCACCCCACGCGCGGCCUCAUCGCGCUCUCCAAAUGGGAAUUCAUGCGCAGGCUCCGGACAGCCGCACGCACGCUCCAGCUCCAGCUCGGCCAAGGGCACGGCAUCCGCAUCGGGGGAACCCUGGAGUACCUCCUCCGUGGUGUCCCGUUCGAAGUGGUUAAGACCAUGGGCCGGUGGGCGGGGGAUUCGUUCACGGGCUACCUGCGGAAGCACGCGAUGAUCCUCGCCCCAUACCUCCAAGACACCCCA